UCCAGCCGUGGUGACAGUGUGUUUGCCGGGAGGGUCAGUGAGUGAGUGAGGGGUCGCAACUCCACGAAUGGGGGAAGAAGGAGGUUUUUUCUUUUUCCUCUCAGCGGAGGGAGAGAAGCGGCGGCAGCGGGCAGGAGGAGAGAGGCAUGUCCGGGCUCUUGUUGGAGCGGUUGGAGCGAGCCGACUUUUACCGGCUCAACAAGCCGCGGGUUUAACCGUCGUUUCCGCAGCUGCUUGAAAAAAAAAAUUCCGCCGCUUUGGUUCGAGAUUAGCUUCAACAUCCUCCCCGGGAUGUUUGCACGUUACACCGCUGUCCUGCUGCUGGCUCGUGGGCUUGUUCUCCCACUGCUGGGACACUUGGACCCAGUUUGAAACGGUUGGAGGGUUUUCUGUAGUUUAGUAACGACCGAGCCGCCAGCACCGUCCACGAUGAGGGCUUCAGGCUCCCGAGGAGGAGCGGUUGUCUGAUUUCGAAAGUUUUCAAUGGGAAAUUUGCAAACACCUUCAUUUCCCCUCGUUUUUUCUACGUGCAACAUGUUUGAUUUCAUGGCUCCGAUACUGCAAAUAACGUCUACCAUAGCUGAAAGGAUGAGGAUGACGAUGGUGGAAGGAGGCCGCAGCCGAAGGUGCAGCCCUCGCUAGAAAAACAACAUUCUCCCCCAGUUUCACCCCUCCGUCAUCACCCCUUCACCACUGCGGUCCCGUCCCCCUGCCGUCAUGGCCAACCACUUGGAGCUGAUCCAGGAGCUGCAGCAGCUGGACAAGGUGCCCAGCCUAGAGAGGCUGAGGACAGCCCAAAAGCGGCGUACGCAGCAGCUGAAGAGAUGGGCCGUGUAUGAGAAGGAGAUGCAGAACAAGAAGCGAAAGGCAGACAAGAAGGGACGCAACGCCAACAACUUCCAGCAAGGAGAGUCCAAGAGGCACGUGUCGUUCGCCGCCAGCGUGGCACUUCUGGAGGCAUCGGCCAGGAAUGACCCAGAUGAAGUUCGUUACCUGCUGAGGAACAACGUGAGUCCAGACCUCUGCAAUGAAGACGGCCUCACCGCCCUGCACCAGUGUUGUAUAGACAACUACGAGGAGAUGGUGAAGAUCCUGUUGGACCGAGGAGCCGGCGUCAACGCUCAGGACAACGAGCUGUGGACGCCUCUGCACGCUGCUGCCACCUGUGGCCACGCAGGACUGGUCAGGAUUCUCAUUUCACAUGGUGCAGAUCUGCUGGCGGUCAACUCUGACGGGAACAUGCCGUACGAUCUGUGUGAAGACGACCCAACCCUGGACAUCAUCGAGACGUCCAUGGCCAACAGAGGUAUCACCCAGGAGAUGAUCAACGAGACACGGGCGUCAACCGAGAGGAGGAUGCUGGGAGACAUUCAGGAGCUGGUGCGAGUGGGAGAGGAGGUCAACCAGCAGGACUCUCAGGGAGCCACACUGCUCCACAUCACAGCAGCUAAUGGCUACGUUCAGGCUGCAGAGCUGCUGCUGGAGGGGGGCGCUCGCAUGGACCUGAGGGACUCCGACGGAUGGCAGCCGCUCCAUGCUGCAGCGUGCUGGGGUCAGAUGCAUGUGGCAGAGCUGUUGGUGUCUCACGGAGCCAGCCUCAAUGCCAAGACCUUUCUAGAGGAGACCCCCAUCGACCUGUGUGAGGACGAGGAGUUCCGAGCCAUCCUGCUGGAUCUCAAACACAAACACGACAUCAUCAUGAAGUCGCAGCUCAAACACAAGACCUCACUGUGCAGGCGAACGUCCAGCGCAGGCAGCCGUGGGAAAGUGGUUCGGCGAGCCAGCCUGUCCGACAGACACAACUUAUGUCGUAAAGAGUACGAGACGGAGGCCAUCGUGUGGAGGGGAGGGAGGGAGGAGGACCACGAGAAGGAGAAGGAGUCUAGUCAGGAGAAUAUCCAAGUUGUUCAUGUCAAACCGGUCGUCGCUGUGGAGCUGCCAGACAAACCCAAGCUGCCCACCAUCCUCAAAGACGGCAGCAACAAACAGAACGGCCUCAUCUCCACGACAACGUCUGUGCCGCCGCAGCCGCCCUCCAAUGGCAACACACCAUCGUCUGAUAACGGCGGGAUCGUCACUUCCCAGUCCAACCAGGAGGACGCUUUGCCAAAGGAGCGCGCUCAGACUCUGUCGGAGCUGAAGAAACAGAGGUCAGCGGCCAAACUGUUGAAUCACCCCUUGUUUAACGGUCACCUAGGUAACGGCUCCACAGACUCCUUCUCCGAUGCCAAAAACAACUCCGAGGACCCCCGCAUGCCACUGGUCUCCUCCAAUGGCAGCGCUGUUUACUACACGCCGGCCAGCGGCGACCCGCCCCUCCUCAAACUGAAACAGCCAAUGGAGGAAGAGCCGCCGAAGGCACAGACGUGCUGCUGUGUGUCGUAGCGUCUGCGCCAAGUGACGUGUUUGCAAAAAGAGGAUGAAAGUUAGGAAUGUGCUGAAGGAAGGAGGGAAGAAAGUGAAAGUGUUCCUGUCAUUUAACGUCCUGUUCCUCCACUUCUUUGAAACUUCUUCCAGAGAACAUGAGCCGCCUGAAGAAGGUCAGAGAAAGGGUUUCUCCCGGUCACGUGACUUCUGCUACAACUGGAGAAACCUUUCACGUGUAGCAUAGAAGAGGAAAAGACUUUUCCUCCAGACGUCACUUGGAUUAAACUUCCUUUUCAUACAGGACAUGCCAACCAACCAUUGGGUAGAAAGAGCGCAGGAUGCUGUUUCUCAAAGUGAAUCAAAGUGUGGACAGGUUUUUUUUAAGCUUUUCACCGGGCAAUGAAUUUUAAAAUCAGAAGAGUAGAGACGAUCUCAAGGUACUGCAUGUUCUAUCCUCACAGAUGAAGACGGAGGAGAGCUUUUUCUUGUAGCCUACAAAUGGAUGAUUAUCUUGUAUUUAAACAAAUUUCCUUCAUCAAACCACAAUGUUCUGCUUUUACGCCUCAUUCUUGUCACUUUCACGAUGUGCAGGAACCCCGGCGAUUUCCAAGUGUCCCAUUGGUCGUAUUAUAAGGGUGGACAGAGCUAAACGUAGCAAAAGGAGAUGAGACGCCUCCUCUGAAGUGUCCCCCAUGUUGAAAUGCAUUAAGUAAAGGGAAGGAAUGCCAUAAAACAGUGUUAAAUAUUCAGGAAGUGUUCUUCUAUAGCGAGAGAAAACCGGAAAGAGUCUCGUUCUGCACUCGUUUGAAACUGUUCAUUAUUUUCUGUCAACUACACGUCACCUCACCGUCCUCUAAACUGACAGCUCAUCCUCACGCGUACAGAUUAUUUAAGCAAACCUGGUUGAAAAUGACUGUAAUUUUCUUUAUUUAUGAAAUUAAUGUAAAGUGUAAAAAAAAAAAAAGAGGUUCCUAAAAGUGAGUGUAUUUAUUAUGUGGCUGGUGUGUGGAGAGUGUGAAUGCGAUGUACAGUGAGAGGAGCUGGAGAGUCGUCCAGCGAAGCACCUUCUGACGUGGAAACUCAAACAGAUGAAGUGAAGACAACUGUCUGCUACAUGUAUGUUAUUAAAAACACGAUAACUCCAUCCUGCCGGGAUAGAUUCAUAAUUGUGUCACUACAAAUAACAGUGUUAUUUGUUUUUGUUUUGUUGUUCAUUUUCUCCUGGUGGCCAUUGUGUGGCUUUAUCUUCUUCCAGUCACUGUAUUUGUCUCAUUAACAGAAUCUGUAAAUGCUAUGUAAAGAAUUACUGUAAGUAUAGUAUGAUUUGUUCUGAGGAUACACGUGGACUCAGUUGUUUCAACAUGAAUCCACUCUUGGAUUUGGUUUGUAGCGAUGUCUUAGGUCAGGUCUUCUUUAACACAACAUAUACAAUUUACAGCUCAAAAACAAGGACGAGAAUAGUUUCAGCCUUGGGGAAAACAACUUAUUUGACUUUGGAUUUCACGCCCAUGUGGUUUUUACGGCAGAGAUGUAGCAGCAGCCAGCAGCAGGUUAACUUUGCAUGGGGAAACAUGUAGCCUGGCUUUGUUAAACCAAACAAAUCCACCCACCAACACUUUAAAACUCAUUAAUCAGCAAGUCGUAUCUUGUUACUUAAUCUGUCCAUGAAACAAUAUGUUUAUAUGCCAGACGAUUUCUUGGCAAAAAGCAGACUCCAGGAAGACAGGCCAGGAAACCGCUCUGCUAUACACAUCAGAGGAAUCUGAGUUUCUGCAGGUUCCACCAAGUUAAACUUAAGACUUUUAGGACCAUCAUGAAUGAAAUGUAGGGCCUAUAACUUCCCUAUAGAGAUAAACUUUAUUACAGGCUCUAGACCCAAUAGCAAGACAUACACCAUAAAGAAAAAAGAAAACAGAUACAUAAACACAUACAAACAUACUCUUAUUCAUGAGAGUCUUAAAAGGCACCCAUACCAAUGUUUCCACAGAUAUGAUUGAUAUCUGACCGAGCUGCACCUGGGGCUUGUGAGCAUCAUUAUAAUACAGUUUUGAUCUAUAAUUGAAGAUGAGGUGAAGUUGCCAAAUCUAGAAAAACUCUCGAAACGCGAUGUUCAGUGAUCAUUUCUACGUUGGUCUUUUUGUAGUUUUAUUACAGCGUGUUAAUCUCGUAAUUGUUGAGAUAGAACUACAACACGUGGAGACAUUACAAACUAUGCAGGCCACCAGAAAAAACAUUUCAAACUGUGACAGAAGUCGCUUUGAAUGAAGUUUAACACAAUUAACACCUACCUAAACAUCCGGCUAGACCUUGUACAUAAUGUUCCAACAUAUUUAAGACUAUUUAGGCCUAAAGUUCCUGAUUAUUGACUUUUUAAGACCCUAAAACAAACAUUAUUAUCCUGUUUUAACUGUUUGCAUACACAAUAUUAAUUCUGUAUAAUUUAUUCCACAGAGCCAGGAUGACUAAUCCCACUCUUUAUACUAAGCUAACAGGCUGCUGGCUCCUUCUUCAUAUUAAACACUGAAAUAUGAGAAAUGUUUCCGAUCUCCUGAUCAGCGUAAAAAGCAAGUAAGCAGUUUUUCCUAAGUGUUGAACUCAUUCUUUCAUCUAAUAAAAUUUCGUCUCAUCUUCCUGUCAGUGCCAAAGAGUCUUCCAUGGUAUUUUGAAAACUUUAGGGGGGGAAGGCUGUUGUCGUAGUUUCAGAUGAGCGACCCCUUCAAAUGUGAUUACCCAGAAUUCCUACAACAACUUCAUCCCCAUAACAUGAGCAGUACAGUGUCAAAUAUUUGUACGGAAUAGAGAUACGUCUGUAUAUAUGUUUGUAUUUGUUUCCCUCUUAUCUGUUUACAUGAACAGAACUUACCCUCAUGGAUGAACAGUGUUAACAGACAUUUGGUUGUCUAGAGGAAAACUAUGAAACUGUGUAGACCCCUCCUCAGUAUCCAGCAGUCUAAUAUCCAGCGUGUCCCCACAAUACAAUACAAGUGUCUCCUCCUUGUCAUUCAGUGUCUGGUAGGUGGAAGUCUUUUGUGCAAAUAUUCUGUAAAGGUCAGUUUUUAAUGUCACAGGAAGCGGCUUUGUUUUACAACUCAAAUUGAGGAAGAACAAAUUGUCAGAAUUUAGUUAUUCUCCCCUCGGCUGUGACAUCGUUUUGUUGUCAGCUAAUGCUCACAUCUGCUCCAGCUGCUGAUCUCAGAUCUGCUUCCUGGGGAGUGAAGUUCCAUCCAACUGAAAUGUACCUUUUGAACUACACCCUGAUCAGUUUUAGCCAGAAAGGGACUUUCACCUGUUAAAACGUAACCUGUGUUCUCAUGGUAAAUAGAUCAAAGCUUGUGUUUGACUGCGAGCAUCACUGUCUGUAAAGGAUAAGAUUAUAAAGAAGAGACAAACUACUGAUUUUGUAAUUACUGGAAUAUAUUGAUGGUUGCAUUAACAUAUUUUGAAUAAAUUGUAUAUUUUGAGAAUUUUA